AUGGCUGAACCAAAGAUCCCAAACUACACUGUUAAAGAUUACGCUUCUUUUGCCUUGGCUGGUGCUAUCGGUUGUGGUGUCACCCACGGUGCCAUGACUCCAAUUGAUGUUGUCAAAACCAGAAUCCAAUUAGAACCAACUGUUUACAACAAAGGUAUGUUUGGUUCUUUCAAACAAGUUGUCCAAAGUGAAGGUGCUGGUGCUUUGUUGACCGGUUUAGGACCAACUGUCUUGGGUUACUCCAUGCAAGGUGCUUUCAAAUUCGGUGGUUACGAAUUGUUCAAAAAACAAUUUAUCGAAUACUUGGGCUACGACACUGCUAAGAAAUACAAGGACUCUGUCUACAUUGGUUCAUCUGCUUUGGCUGAAUUCUUUGCUGAUAUUGCUUUGUGUCCAUUGGAAGCUACCAGAAUCAGAUUGGUUUCCCAACCAACUUUUGCUAACGGUUUGAUUGGUGGUUUCUCCAGAAUCUUGAAAGAAGAAGGUGUCGGUUCUUUCUACAAUGGUUUCACCCCAAUCUUGUUCAAACAAAUUCCAUAUAACAUUGCUAAAUUCUUGGUUUUCGAAAGAGCUUCCGAAGCCAUCUACGCUGCUAUCCCAACCCCAAGAUCUGAAUUGUCCACUGGUGCUAACACUGUUGUUAACUUAGGUUCCGGUAUCAUUGCCGGUUGUGCUGCUGCUAUCGUUUCCCAACCAGCUGAUACUUUGUUGUCCAAGGUUAACAAGACCAAGAAGGCUCCAGGUCAAUCCACUGUCGGUUUAUUGGUCCAAUUGGCUAAACAAUUAGGUUUCAAGGGUUCUUUCGCCGGUUUACCAACCAGAUUGGUUAUGGUCGGUACCUUGACUUCUUUACAAUUCACCAUCUACGGUUCUUUGAAGAAAGCUUUGGGUUGUCCACCAGCUGUUGCUUUGUAA